GUCCCUCGGACACAGCGGAUCACCAAUCAUGGAAAGAGCCGAAGAUGUCGGCUCGGUCAUGUGAUCAGCUGUGUCCAAUCACAACUGAUCACAUGGGACAUGUACACUGAUCAUCAGGGCACUGAUGAUCAGUGUGCCCUGAUGAUCAGUGUAGCCCCAGCAGUACCACCUGUCAGUGUCCAUCAGUGCCACGUGCCAGUGCCACAUCAAUGCCACAUAUCAGCGCAUACUAGUGCACAUCAAUGCCACAUAUCAGUGCCCAUCUGAGAUGCCUUUCAGUGUCACCCAUCAGUGCCAGUCAGUGCCACCUAUCAAUGCCAAUCAAUGCCACCUAUCAGUGUUGCCCAAUCAGUGCCACCUAUUAGUGCCAGUCAGUG